CCAGCCAGCAGCUAAAGGUUCCAGAGAGAGAGAGAGAGAGAGAGUGUCCUGUUUGCUGCCCAUAUUUCUUCUACUUCCUUCCUUCCUUCCUUCCUUACUUGCUCGUCCGUCGUCACUCAUCGCUCACCGCUGUUUCUUUGUACUGUCUGAUUGUCUUCCUGUUGAGCACCAAGCUGCUUGUAUUCAUUCACUUCAUCCCUAUCCUCCCUCACCGGCCCUAUUCACCUUGAAAGUUUCUAAGGUGAGUGGGGUACCUUCAAUAAAGCUCUUGACUUUAAUGCUUGCUUUCUUGCUUUCUUUCCACUUGAUUUUGCUUCUAAAGGAUAGCCAAGCAAAAAGUUAACAGAGCUCUGUAAGCAGCACCCGCCCAGAGAGUAAGAGAGAGAGAAAGAGAGAGGGAGAGUAGGGAAAGAAGAAGAUGGCAGAUAAGUCUGGUGACCCGCCGCCGCACCCACCGAAGGAUCAGCUUCUCGGCAUCUCUUACUGCAUUACAAGUCCCCCUCCAUGGCCUGAAGCUGUCCUGCUCGGUUUCCAACACUUCCUCGUAAUGCUUGGCACAUCGGUCAUCAUUCCCACCGCCCUUGUCCCCCAGAUGGGCGGAAGAAAUGAGGAGAAAGCCCAAGUAAUACAGACACUGCUCUUUGUUGCCGGUAUAAACACGUUGAAUCAGACGGUUUUUGGUACUCGAUUGCCUGCUGUUAUGGGAGCGUCUUACACUUUUGUGCCGACAACAAUUUCCAUCAUCUUGGCUGGGCGUUUCAGUGAUAAUGCCGCUGAUCCUGUUGAUAGAUUCAAGAGGACUAUGCGGGCAAUUCAGGGAUCGCUUAUCGUUGCAUCCACUCUUCAGAUUGUCCUAGGCUUCAGCGGCCUCUGGCGGAACGUUGCAAGGUUCUUGAGCCCCCUUUCUGCUGUCCCCUUAGUAGCUCUUGUUGGCUUUGGGCUUUAUGAGUUGGGUUUUCCCGGGGUCGCUAAAUGUGUGGAAAUUGGACUCCCUGAGCUUAUCAUCUUAGUAUUUAUUUCCCAGUACCUGCCUCAUGUGAUUCACUUUGGGAAGAAAGUUUUCGGGCAAUUUGCUGUCUUAUUCGCUGUUGUUAUAGUGUGGAUAUAUGCUCACCUGCUCACCGUCGGUGGGGCCUACAAUGGUGCGGCACCGAAGACACAGGCAAGCUGCAGAACUGAUCGUGCAGGACUUAUAGAUGCUGCUCCAUGGAUAAGAGUUCCAUAUCCUUUUCAGUGGGGACCGCCUUCAUUUGAUGCUGGUGAAGCUUUCGCAAUGAUGAUGGCAUCUUUUGUUGCUCUUGUUGAGUCCACUGGCGCAUUUAUGGCAGUGCAAAGGUAUGCAAGUGCGACCCAUAUGCCCCCAUCUGUUCUCAGUCGUGGAGUUGGUUGGCAGGGUGUAGGGAUUUUGAUAGCAGCCUUGUUUGGAACAGUUAAUGCAGCAUCAGUCUCAGUAGAAAAUGCUGGUCUUAUGGCGUUGACUCGUGUUGGUAGUAGAAGGGUCGUGCAGAUAUCAGCUGGAUUCAUGAUUUUCUUUUCCAUUCUCGGAAAGUUUGGAGCUGUGUUUGCUUCGAUACCCACUCCUAUUUUUGCAGCUUUGUACUGUGUUUUCUUCGCGUACGUUGGUGUGGUGGGUGUGAGCUUUCUUCAGUACUGCAACCUUAACAGCUUCCGAACGUUGUUCAUAUUGGGCUUCUCUAUCUUCAUGGGCUUGUCUAUCCCGCAGUACUUCAACGAGUACCUGGCCAUAAAUGGCCGUGGGGCUGUCCACACUGGAGCCAGAUGGUUCAAUGAUAUUGUCAAUGUCCCAUUCUCCUCGGAGGCUUUCGUGGCGGGCUGCUUGGCGUACUUCCUGGACAAUACGCUGCACAAGAAGGAUGGCCAGAUCAGGAAGGAUAGGGGAAAGCAGUGGUGGGACAAGUUCCGGACCUUUAAGGGCGACACAAGAAGCGAAGAGUUCUACUCCUUGCCUUUCAACCUCAACAAGUACUUCCCCUCUGUAUGAACCGAAUUAUCCCGUUCAUCCAAGAGUCAAAAGUCAUGGGGUGGUGAUGUCUCUCAAUAACGGUCCUAUUGAAUGAGUUCUUGAACCAUUCCCGAUCAACCGCCUCUCAGUUCUCGCAACACAAACAUCACCCUGCGUUCCCCUACCCCCGCCAAAAAGAAUCUCGUUCUGCAACCGAUGUAAUAAUAGUUGUGACAAUUAUGGUAGUUAGUCGUCCCCUGUUCUUCUGUGAGAAAUGAGAGAUUUAAUUUUAUUGUUUUUUUGUUGUAAAUCAAGAAGGGAGAAACGAUCUCCUGAUGUUGUAAGGAAGCAGUCUAAUUAUAUUUCGGUCUCUUUCCGAGUCUUUUUUUAAUAUCAA